AUGGCUGGUCCGUAUUUGUCACCUUUGCCCGGAGAUCUGUUGACGGAGUAUAUGUUCGGUCGUCGAAGGCAGCGCCGCAACAGGACGACCUUCACACCGCAGCAGCUCAGCGAAUUGGAGUCGCUGUUCCAAAAGACCCACUAUCCAGACGUGUUCCUGAGGGAGGAAGUUGCUCUCCGGAUCAGCCUUUCAGAAGCAAGGGUGCAAGUGUGGUUCCAAAACCGAAGAGCCAAGUGGCGCAAGCAAGCUCGACUUCAGCUACUCCAGGAUGCCUGGAGAAUGCGUUGCUUGGGACUGGGCACACCACCAUUGGGUAUUCCAGGCCAUACGAAACCCCCGGAUUCAUCGCCGGAGGGGGAUGAGUCACCGAACGACAAGGGGUCUCCAGAACCCUCGCCGGCUAUGGACAAUAACGGCGAAAUGAAGUCUCCCAGGGCAGACGCCUACCACCACAACGGCAUGCCCGACUCCAUGGCGCCAGUCCACGAUAUGCCGCCGCCGAUGCAAUACGGCGCUGAAGACGGCCGGAUGAUGCCGCAGCCAUUCCCGUUCCCACCUCUAAUGAUGCAGCAACAGAUGGAAUCGGACAUCGUGCCUACUGAUCUGAGAGUGCCGACCAAAAACCCAGCCAGCUGCCACUGCGCCCCGUCAGUCCAGGGCUUGGAGGAGCCGCAGAAUUUGGCUUACCGCCCGAGGGAAGACGAGAAGAAUGCGACCGAGAGCGACAGCGACACUGAAAUCGAUCUCACGUCACAUUCGUCCAAAGACGACGACUUGCGCGAGUCGGAGCGACUCGCCAACAGAAUAGCCACCAGCAUCUUCAGGAGCGACACGGUACUACAUGAUCUGGUGCCAAACGACCUCAGUCUGGGUGCCGUCAAGAAUAUGAACGAGAGGAAUAUUAAUAGGAAUAAUGUAUCAAUG